AUGGAAAGAUUUCCAGAUUUGGAAGUCAGGAGCCUGGGUUCCAUUCACCACCCUGCCAUUUACCAGCAUGUGACUCUGACGAAGAUACCUGGUGGGCCGCUGUUUCCUUAUCUUGAAAUGAAGGUAAGACAGGACCGGUGGCUCUCUGUCCCUGCUUUCGGGAACUCCUCGAGGGCUGUGCAGGAGAGAGAAUCACAGUUAGAGUGCUCUCAGACACAUUCUGUUGGAUUGCAUGAGCUCUUUCCCUGGGCCUCCCAGAGGCCAGCAAAUUCCACCAAGGUUAGGGGAAGAAACGCUGGAAGCAGGCAGUGGCUGGCGUCUAGAGAGAAUACUGCAAUUGAGAAGAGAAGGCAGAAAAUACAGGAAGAUGUGAGGCAUCAACACCAGGAGACAGCAGGUGACAGGUGUGAGUUACAUGGAUCACACUACACUUCCAUCAUUUAUAUAGAUCGGAAUGAGUUUCCAAAGGGCUUCUCCAUAAUUCAACAUUAGGCAGCUUCCAAACACAAGUUUGUUUUUUUUCACUUGUUGUGCUUUAGGUGAAAGUUUACAAAUCAAGUCAGUCUCUCAUACAAAAAGCCACACACACUCUGCCAUAUACUCCCAGCUGCUGUCCGCUUAAUGAGACAGCACAUUCCUCCUGUCCACCCUGUAUUCCCCGUGUCCAUUCAACCAGCUCCUGUCCCCCUCUUCCUUAUC